ACCUAGGGAAGGCGACGGCCGGGCGGUCGUUUUAUUGAUCCCGGGGCGCCGCGGCGCUACCCACCCGCGGCGGGAGAGAAACUUUUCUCUCCGGCGAGGAGGAUCUCUCUCUUCGUCCCUUUUCCCCGGCGUAUCGAGUUGAAACCGGCGGCGACACGCGUUCCCGGCUCUACUUCCUCGAGCGCCGCGGGAUCCUUCUCGAGCGUCAUCAACCUUCGCCUCCUGCGCCAAAGUUUCGCGGUGUAGUUAUCUCGGGAACCAGGUGGGUGUGCGCGACAUCGUCCCCGUCAUCGUAGUCGUCAUCGUCGGAACGUCGCGGUCGGUACCAACGCUUGGUAGCGGUCGCGCGACUCUAACACAUCGGAGAACAUCGGGGUAAGCUGCGCGAUCGAUCACCGUGAGAUAACCGCACAGGAGGGCACCGGUGAACCAGUGACCUGAGGACCUGAGGAAAAGUUUCUCGUCGAAUCCGCGCCGGUGGUGUCGCAACCUGACAUAAGUCUUGAGCAAUUGUCAAGCCGCGCGCGAUAUUUGCGAGCGAUAUUCGUGGAAAACUUAUGUGAGGAAAGCAAGACAGAGAGGAGAUACGGUAAUCGGAAAGUCGUUCUGCGAGAAACGAAGUGACGGAAAUACGAGGAUAUCAGGAAGACGAUCGGUGGUCAUAUGUUUCACACUGUCGUCCAAGUCAGCGCAAGCAGGUUACCGAGCUGUAUCGACUCGAUGUUGCCCCAGAUACCUCCUUCGGAGGUCGUCGUGGAAAUAGUGACGAAGAGGUCACCGGUGUCCACUUCGAGUUUUCACGACGACGGUAAAGAAUAACGUAAUGCAACAAGAACUAACUCGUCGAGAUCACUGAAACUUCCAAGCCAGAGUUCAAUUCCACGUUUGAACGUCAAGCUUGAACCCUUCCAAGCUCGUCUGCGUACGACAAACCUAAUCGGGAAACGAGAAGGCACAAGCACGGAAGAAGAGAGCACUACGGUGAACUCGCGGAAUCGAUUGUCCACCGUCACUUUUGACUGAAACUCGUCGUCAAACCGGAAGAGCUGAUUGCAGAGCAGACAACAGGAUCUAAUUCUUCGCGUGUUCAGCUCGGAAUAAAGUUAUCCGAGCAAGCAAGUGGCGUACCGUCGUCGCGAAUACACGGAGUACAACGGUAAGCAGGAGGCGUCAAGGAACAGAACACGAGGAGCGCUACGAGAAGGCAGGAAAUCGCGGGCUUUCUCGCAAAUGGACGUAGACGUAGCCGAGGAAGCUGCCAUCGAACAGCUACCGUGACUUCCGCGAUCCCGAUCCCGAUCGGGCUGGCGCCAAUGGGGGCGUCGUGAGGGCUGUGCCGCGACCCGGGUUGUUGUGUCGAUCGUCCGAGGGCUCGGUCGGUCGAGCUGGUCGACGCGUCGAAGCCGGACGGACGUUGCGCCGCUGAGAGAUGGGACCGGCCAGCAGCCGCGAACAGAUCGGCGAGCAGAUCGGCGACGACGACGGCCUGCAGAUCCAUCCGAAGACGGUAGCGAAUAGUGUUACGGAGAGCGAAUACUCUGUGGAAGAACAAACGAGAUUAACCGGGACCGAUGGACCAGGCGCUGAUGAAGCUUCUCCCGAGGACGAGGGUGGUUCGUUAUGCGAAUACCAUGACAUACCACCCCCACCGGACGGUGGCUAUGGUUGGGUGGUCGUAUUUGCAUCUUUCAUGUGUAACAUGAUAGUGGAUGGUAUCGCCUAUACUUUUGGUGUCUUUCUGGGUGAAUUCGUCAAGUACUUCGGUGAAGGGAAAGGCAAGACUGCUUGGGUUGGUUCGUUACUUUCUGGGAUGUACCUUAGUGCUGGUCCAGUUGUCAGCGCUUUAACUAAUAAAUAUGGCUGUAGAGCAGUGUGUAUGGCGGGAAGUUUCCUAGGCGCUGCCGCAUUUGUACUUUCAACGUUUUCGAGCAGUGUAAAUAUGCUUAUGGUGACUUACGGCAUUAUGGGAGGUAUUGGAUUCGGUUUGAUAUAUCUGCCCGCGGUAGUUUGCGUAGGCUAUUACUUCGAGACUAAGAGAUCCUUAGCUACUGGUAUCGCUGUAUGCGGAUCUGGAUUUGGUACUUUCGCAUUCGCGCCUCUCGCUACUAUGUUGUUAGAAGCGUACAGCUGGAAAGGAGCAAACCUAAUUCUGGCUGGCCUUAUUUUGAAUUGUGCAGUAUUCGGUGCGAUGAUGAGGCCAUUGGAAUACCCCAAAGCUUCUUCCGUUAAGCCACUGUUACAACGGAUGGCUGAAGAGAAAAGAUUUCAAAUGGAACGGGGUAGCAUCGGUGGGUCAUAUUUCAUGGUGCAACUGCCUGACGGUUCCAUGGAGAAAAGGAUGAAGAUGCCCAUCAAUAUAGAUCCCGGUGUUCACUCCAGCUUCAACCUAGACCAAUUAGUGCCUGUUCCAACGGUGCCAACCCUUCCCACUAUAUCUGAAGUGAAGGUACAAGAGCAUUCCUCCAGCGGAGCGACCAGCAAUAGUGGCAGUAUGGACUUGAAAAAUAUCUCGAGUAAAUCAAGAAGCAAGAAGAAUAUCGACGAAACCAAAGACACUAAAGACACAGAGAAACUUGAGAAUGAAUUUAACAAGGCUGUAAUCCCCAGAAACGCGUCGCAACCCGCUUUUACGACUCAUGUCCAAGGUUUGCCUAAAAACGGAUCCGUACCGUUCUUCGAUAGAAUCCGCAAGACCAGUACCGGGGAGCGCUACAAGCCUAGCCUUAGUGCAAUAAAGAACUCCAGAACGACACUCAAUUCCAACGGAGAUAUACGAAAGAGUCUGCACUUGAGACUCUCUACCAGCAGUGUAUUAGGGUCGCGAAACAAUAACGCUGAAGUCGAUGAUGGUGAGAGUAUUACCUUUACUACCAGUAAAACUAGUAUCCCAAAGGAAAAACCAAUGAUGGUCCGUCCCUUGUCGAGAAAGGAUAUUUUCUACAGCGGUAGCGUAGUGAAUUUACCAGAAUACCAAAGCCAGAAGUCUCUCGCCAAUUAUCGUCAAAGCGUUAUCUCUCUCCCUAAGUCAGUGCGCGGUGAUAUGAAAGAUGUCGAUGUGGAGAAAGCACCGCAACAACCUUUGUGUCCUUGCUUGGUAUUACCAGAAUCAUUUAAAGAGGCACUAGCGACGAUGAUGGAUAUGUCCUUACUGAAAGAUCCAGUUUUCCUUUUAAUCGGUAUCAGUAACGUGUUUGGAAUGGCUGGGUUGUAUGUUCCUUUUGUAUAUCUGGUGGAUGCUGCGACAUUAGAUGGGAUCGAAAGCAAUUCCGCGUCAUUUUUACUAUCUAUCAUAGGAAUAACGAACACGAUAGGUCGUGUGGCCUGUGGAUAUGUCGCGGACUUUCCGCAAGUUGAUUCCUUACUAUUAAAUAAUAUUUGCUUGAUUAUAUCCACGAUUGCAGUAGCCGCUACGCCAUUUUGCCAUAGUUACGCCGCUUACAUCGUCAUGAGCAUAUUUUUCGGAAUAGCAAUAUCUGGAUACAUCUCAUUGACAUCGAUUAUUCUGGUGGAUCUUUUGGGACUGGACAAAUUGACGAAUGCUUUUGGCCUGUUAAUUCUAUUCAGAGGGGCUGCCGCAAUAGUAGGUUCACCUUUGGCGGGCGCUGUUUACGAUGCGACGCAAAGUUACAGUAUCCCGUUCUUCAUGGCAGGGUUCUUCUUCUUCGUGAGCACUGUUACCAGUUUCAUGGCCCCUUUUAUGAAACGGUGCACUACACCGGAAACUCAACCUGUGAUAUUAGAUACAUUGACUCCGAUUGACGAAGAUAUCGAGGAGGAAAAUGAGGACGACAUACCGGAAAUAGUAGAAACCGCGCCGUCACCGUUAGAGCCACCCGAGAAGGAGAUCAAGCAAAUAGAGUCUGUUUUAUAAGUACUUCUGAUCUUUUUUAAACGGACAAACAAAAUCGCCUUCACUCCGAGCCACACUGUGAUAGGGCUGCUACUUUUUGAGGUCUCAAGCAAAAGGUACUUCUUUGUUACACACUUAAUCGAUACAGCACAAAUUAGCGGCAUACCUGAUGGGAUUUUCAAUUAGUACUUACAAUGUGAACUCUAUGUGCGGUGCACAAGUCCUCUUAAUUUUUCUAUUUUCGAACUGACGGACGACACACACACACAUGCACAUACACAGGAAAAUGCCAUCAGGUACGGACACUUAGUUGCCUACGUGUAAUAGCGAGUGAUAGAUAGUACGUUCUAAUUAACCUAAUCAGUAUCAAUCGAACAGUAUAGAGAAAGAAAAGAAGAUAAAAAAAAAUUGCUCUUGCACGUGCAUAUCGAGUAAUCUUGGGCAAGUUAUUCAUCUGCAUCAUAUAGGAGUACAAUACUAUAAUUUGGAACAAGGAUCAGUCAAUACGAUCGGAUGAUCGUCUUUAAUCAUGACGUUCAAUUACGAUAUUGCACAUUAACUUCAAUGACUUACUAAUUGUUUCCAACGCGCGCGUUUUGUUUUUGAAACUGUUUCGUAAAAAUGAGUCGUGUACGAAACAACGACGAUCAUUUUCAGUCCGAUCAACGUACCAAUUGACACGUUUGACUAUCGACGACACAAUUGACUAUCCUUGAUCGAUCUAGAUCCCACCUAUGCGACACGUUAGUUAAAUCUAUUUUUGGCCACAUCCAAAGAUACAACUUGAAUUAUUCAUGAUUCAGAGAGAUAUUUUCUUGCAUACUUGCGAUAAAUGUAUAUAAGCGAGCGAGCGAGCGAGAGAAAAUGAGCGAGCGAGAGAGAAUCGUAUGUGAAUUUACGCGCAACUCGUGUGUAUCGUUGUUGCAGAAU